AUGGGCCCCUGUACCGCCUCCCCAUGCUGCUGCCAGGCCCGUAAUCUGCCAUGGGCCCCUGUACCGACUCCUCAUGCUGCUGCCAGGCCCGUAAUCUGUCAUGGGCCCUGUACCGCCUCCUCAUGCUGCUGCCAGGUCCAGAGUGUGUCAUGGGUCCCUGUACGGCCUCCCAUUGCUGCUGUCUCUAUCGCCACACUCUGCCAUGUGCCACUUUCAGGUCUCCUCACACUGCUGGUGGUUUCCAUUUUUUGUCAUAGGGUGCUGUAUGGCCUCCCAUUGCUGCUGCCUCCACCGCCACACUGUGGCUCCACACUCUGGUUUUGGCCCCGUGACUGCCCAAAUGAGUGAAGUGUGCGGUGAUUCUAAGAUCGACGGCACUCAUCUGCAUGUCAUACUGACUGACAGUAUUAUUUCUCUUCCCCAGCAGACUCCAAGGGCAUUUAAAUUAAAGGUACAGUGUUCUGCACUAAUAUUA